AUGGCUAAUCGCGUAAGAGGUACGGUAAGAGUUGAGAGAGUGCGCUUUGCUGCGGGACUGUGGGACUCCACUUUUAGAAUCUUUACUUCUGAGGGGGUAGCAGCCACCAACUGCCAACGCCUAUUAUUUUCGCGCGGUCCCUUUUUCGCUCUUUUGUUCCUCACCAGUUCGUUCCACGCGCACACCUCGAGCACAUCACUGCUUCUUCUUCUUGGAGGCGAGGACAAGAAUAGCGCCAAUCACCCGGCCGCGUCGCAGCUGGUACCGACGCCCUUCUUCCUUUGCCGAAGAGGAGAGCGCCUUCCGGACAGUCGAAUCUCCGUUCCGCAGAUCACAACGGCAUCAUGUUCUUCUCUAGACGAACAGCGCUGUUGGUCGUGGUGGCAGCAACCGCACUUCUCGCACCCGACCACGUUAGCUUAGCCGCCACGACAACCGACCAG